GCGGAAGUGGACAGAAGGAACUGCCUUGCCAUUGGUGCAAAGUUCCCCGCGAAAAUAACGUCACGCACAGUUUCGCGCCAGUUCUGCUGCAGUCAGACGUACACACAAGAGAAGAAAUCCUGACAAAAAAUGUCUUCCCCAACAUCAACUCCUGGUCGUAAACGUGCAAGGACCGACAACCCAUCAACUCCUAGCAAUGAUGCUGCCACCUCGCCUCCAUCCCAGCGCCGGAGAGGCCAGGACUCCUCCACCGGCGAGCUGCCGCCCAUGCCCACCUCCCCGGCCACCGACAUGCUGAGCCCCGCUGUGCCCCAGGACACCUCGCUGUUCUCAAGCCCGCGGCACUCGGUCCUCCCCAGUGAGGUUGACAUGAGCUCCCCUCUGAUGUAUGGGACCCCCAGCUCCAGGGUGGAGGGCACCCCGCGCAGUGGCGUGCGUGGCACGCCGGCCAGACAGCGACCUGACCUGGGUUCAGUCAGGAAGGCCCCCCAAGUGGAUCUUCACUCUGACCUGCCAAAUGAUGAUGGUGCAGCUGUCAGUGAUGGCCAAAAUGCAGGCCAGAGACUGGUCAUCUGGGGUACCGAUGUCAAUGUAGGAACUUGUAAGGAGAAGUUUCAGAGGUUUCUGCAGAGGUUCAUUGACCCAAACUCCACUGAGGAUGAGAAUGCCGGCCUGGACCUGAACGAGCCGCUGUACAUGCAGAAACUGGAAGAGAUCAGUGUUGUCGGUGAUCCGGUGCUGAAUGUGAACUGCGGACAUGUUCAGUCUUUUGAUGCAGAACUUUACAGGCAGCUCAUCUGCUACCCACAAGAAGUCAUCCCAACCUUCGACAUGGCAGUCAAUGAACUUUUCUUCGAGCGUUUUCCUGACUCUAUUCUUGAGCACCAGAUCCAAGUCCGCCCCUACAACGCCCUGAAAACCAGGAACAUGAGGAGCCUAAACCCAGAGGAUAUCGAUCAGCUGAUCACCAUUAGUGGCAUGGUGAUCCGCACCUCCCAGCUCAUCCCCGAGAUGCAGGAGGCCUUCUUUCAGUGCCAGGUGUGCGCCUACAACACCCGCGUGGAGGUGGAUCGCGGGCGCAUCGCUGAGCCGGCUGUGUGCCGCAACUGCAACACCACCCACAGCCUGGCACUCAUUCACAAUCGCUCCGUCUUCUCAGACAAACAGAUGAUAAAAGUCCAGGAGUCUCCUGAAGACAUGCCUGCUGGUCAGACCCCUCAUACCACUGUUGUCUAUGCCCAUAAUGACCUGGUAGAUAAAGUGCAGCCAGGAGACCGCGUAAACAUCACAGGCAUCUACAGAGCUGUCCCCAUGCGUGUCAACCCCCGCCAGAGCAACGUGAAGUCUGUGUACAAAACUCACAUCGACGCCAUCCACUUCCGCAAGACCGACGAGAAGCGCCUGCACAGGCUGGAUGAGGAAGCGGAGCAGAAGCUCUUCACUGAGGACCGCGUGCAGACCCUGAAGGAACUGGCAGCCAAACCAGAUGUGUACGAACGCCUCUCCUCUGCCCUGGCACCGAGCAUCUAUGAGCACGAGGACAUCAAGAAGGGCAUCUUGCUGCAGCUGUUCGGUGGAACUCGCAAGGACUUCAGUCAGACAGGCAGGGGCAACUUCCGUGCCGAGAUCAACAUCCUGCUCUGCGGAGACCCUGGCACCAGCAAGUCCCAGCUGCUGCAGUACGUGUUCAACCUGGUGCCCCGCGGCCAGUACACAUCAGGAAAGGGCUCCAGCGCCGUGGGUCUCACCGCCUACGUGAUGAAGGACCCCGAGACCAGGCAGCUGGUCCUGCAGACUGGAGCGCUGGUGCUCAGCGACAACGGCAUCUGCUGCAUCGACGAGUUCGACAAGAUGAGCGACAACACUCGCUCUGUGCUGCACGAGGUCAUGGAGCAGCAGACGCUCUCCAUUGCCAAGGCUGGAAUCAUCUGCCAGCUGAACGCUCGCACCUCCAUCUUGGCAGCCGCCAACCCUGUUGAAUCUCAGUGGAACCCCAAGAAGACCACCAUUGAAAACAUUCAGCUGCCACACACUCUGCUGUCCAGAUUCGACCUCAUUUUUCUGAUGCUGGAUCCCCAAGAUGAGGCGUACGACCGCAGGCUGGCUCACCACUUGGUGUCGCUGUACUACCAGAGCGAGGAGCAGCUGGAGGAAGAGUUCCUCGACAUGACCGUGUUGAAGGACUACAUCGCGUACGCAAGGACUUACAUCAACCCAAGACUGAAUGAGGAAGCCAGCCAGGCUCUCAUUGAGGCCUAUGUGGACAUGAGGAAGAUAGGCAGUGGCCGGGGCAUGGUGUCCGCCUACCCCAGGCAGCUCGAGUCCCUGAUCCGCUUGGCAGAGGCCCACGCCAAGGUGCGCUUCUCUGACAAGGUGGAGACCAUCGACGUGGAGGAGGCCAAGCGCCUGCACCGCGAGGCCCUCAAGCAGUCAGCCACAGACCCCAGGACGGGAUUUGUCGACAUUUCUAUUCUUACAACAGGUAUGAGUGCCACAGCCCGCAAGCGCAAAGAAGAGGUGGCCCAAGCCCUGAAGAAACUGAUCCAGGCCAAAGGAAAGACGCCCGCCAUGAAAUACCAGCAGCUGUUUGACGACCUCAGAGGACAGUCUGAAACUGCCAUUACCAAGGAGCUGUUCGAGGAGGCGCUCAGGGCACUGGCCGACGAGGAUUACUUGACAGUCACUGGAAAGACUGUCCGUCUGCUCGCCUGAGGCACACCCUGCAAUUAUGUACAGUCAUUAAAGUCCAACCUUUUCUUGCGUCGACCACAUUAUCGUGCUGUAAAAAUUAAUGCACGCUGGAGCCCCUGAGUGUGUUUCCUGAGGGAUUCAGACACCGGGAAAAGUCACCAAGAUGACUCAUUCUGUCUUUGUAGCAUGUUCUUGUGGUAAAAUUGUUUUCGACAAUAUUAGAAAAACUAUUUUUCAAAGCUAAUAUUUAAAAGUGCUUGUAUACCAUAAUGUUUGUCAGGUUCCAAAAAAAAAAUUCAGCUGCUCUUGUUAUGCAUUCAUGAGUCACUGUUCCCAAAUAGUCUGGUCUUCUGUGUUUCGUCAGUAAAGCAUGGACCUGAAAUACAGCCUAAUUUGUACAGCAGAGUCAUUUAGAUAUUUCUUUUCCAUCUUGGCGAAUAUUUAAAGGUGUUUGGUUUGUAUACAUAAUGUUUGUUAAGGCUUUGUUGCUGUUUUAUGUGUUAUGCAUUCAUGUGUCAUCACAUCACAGCCUGGUUUUCUAUAUCUUGUCAUUUAUGAGUGGUCCUCACACCCACUUUAACUUGUACAGUGUAGACAUUUAGAUAUUUCAUCUCCGUCUUUCCUCGUCCUUUGGCAAGUCUGUUGAAGCAAGCCGUAGAUGGAUUUUGUUAUUUUGUAUUCUCAAAGGAAGGAUUCCGCAAAGCGAGAUGGCAGAGUUAGCCAGACAACUGUGGAAAAGCUUAUGCCACAGUCUCGCUCCGUCAAAAACAUCCCCAGUGUUUUCGAGUAAUCCUUUGAAAAUGGUAGUACUUAUUGCCAAACAGUUGACUUUAGUUCUUUUUUUGAAUAAUCACUGCAACUUGUCUUGGCUACUUGUUAAUAAGAAAAAUAAAAUAAAAUGUUUGCUACUGUC